AUGGCAGACUCAGGACUGAAAUCCAAGUUCUUCACGGUGCUCGCACUUGGAGCCCAGCCUUCAAAAAGAUCAGCCGCACUGUCCAUCAUGGCUGAUGCUGAGGCUAUGCCUGGUACUGUAUUAGAGAUCUCCAAGCAAAAUUUUUUUCAGGAAGCAAAAACUCUCAUUGCCCAACAUUAUGAGAACAUAAAUGAGAACAAAGUUCAAGGUACUUCUAUAAAUGUUUUUAGAAAUAAACAGCAAAAGCCGAAACCUGGCAAAUACAUACCUUCAAAGAUUAAAAAAAAGGAAAUAUUUGAUGUGAUCCAAGAACUCCAGGUAGCUCACAAACGUCCUUAUUUUCACAAAGAUGUUUCCAAGGGGGAAUGUUUUGAGGAGCCCCCUCCACGAACUUCUUUGAAGGAGCCACACAUGUUUGAUGUAAAAGGAAAAAUCAAGGGAUAUGUAGAUCUAAUUGCAAAAGAGCAAGUUCAACUGGGUAAAAUAGUGACUAAUAUUGAAUCAGUGGGUAAAAAAAUGGAGAAAGAAAAGCAGGAGUACCAUGGAAAGCCCAGGAUGUUGGACUCACACACCUUUCCCAUUGUCAAACUUGGCUUGUCCUCAGCACUCAGGACCCACUCUUCCAUGGGGAUUCUGAAAGAAAGUGAAAAAUUAUUGUGUGACUGGAGAGGAAUUGUGUCGGCAAAGUCUUCCCGCCUGGCUCUUGAUUCCAUUUUUCCCAGUGACUCGGACUAUAGUACUAAAUCCUUUUUGAAAAAAGAACCCAUAAUUUUAAAGCCAGAACCACCGUCACCACCCAGGGCUCCUUCUAGUCUAAGUAAAAUCAGUAAAUUUGACAGCAAAGUUAAAAGAAUUGGGCCACACAUAGAAAUUUUCCAAGUAUUCCGGGAAAGGGCCAGAUCUAUAAUCACCAAAAAAACAAUUAGAAUGAUCACCGUCGUGCAGGCUUUUGUCAGAGGGUGGCUAGAACGCAGAAGAUACCACAGAAUAUCGAACAAGGCUAUGUAUCAUGGGCCAAGUUUGAAAGCAGUUAUAAACAUGUAUCACAGACAAAUCCAUCGUGUUAAACAUCGACUUUGUCUUUGGAGGACAAGACAAAUUAUAAACUAUGCAGAGCUAGAAGAAUGGAUGGAUAGAAAAAAAUACUAUGAAACAAUGUUUGCUAAGAGACAAGAUUGGCAAGGAUUAGAAAGAAGUGAGCUCCUUAAGUACUUCAAUGACUGCGGUCAUUACCCAACAGUGCAGCAAAUUGAUCAGGCUUGGGACCUGGUCCAUAGAGAUGACCGUGAAAAAUAUUCUGAAAUCGUCACGAUGUCCAAUGCUGUUGAAAUGUUAUUUACACUUUAUCCUCCCAAAGGUGCCCAUGUGAAAGAUAAUAGGCGACUUAGGUCAACUUGGCUAAGACCCACAGUAGAUGGGGAAGAAGGCUACAAAUAUAUAGUGAGUGGGCACCCAAUACUCAAAAGAGCUGACAUCCGGAUUGUUGGGAAGUUAGUGUGCGCAUCUAUGAGAGAAAGAAAAAUGAGACAACAGUAUUUAUCUUAG